AUGAAGACCUUGGAAUCGUUGAUCAACCGCAACCAGAGCCUUAUUGUACCCAACGUUUGCCUUUCUGAGGGUUCAUCACCAUUCCAGGAACCGCUUCUUGAACCAAUUCACGAAAAGAUGAAGGCCUUGGAGUCAUUGAUCCACUGCCGUCAGGCAACUCACUCUGAUCGGAGCCUCAUUGUCACCGACACUGAACGGUUGCUUGAACCAAUCCACAAAAAGGUAACACAUUCUAAUCAGAGCCUUAUUGUCCCCAAUACCGACGAGAUUCUUGAGCCAGUUCACACAAAGAUCAAGGCCUUGGAGUCCAUGAUCAGCAGCAAUCAGGCAGCAUGCUCCAAGGUUAAUCAGAGCCUUAUUUUACCCAACGUUAGUACCUUGUGA